AUGGCAUCGCCAUCAUCAUUGAUGGUAAAGCAAUUGCUCAAACUAUUCGUUCUGAGAUUGCUUCUGAAGUCCAACGUCUUUCAGAAAAGUAUGGCAAGUGUAUCUGUGUGCAUGUACAGAAAUUUCUGUAUUUAUCUGACGGAUGUAGCUGAAGCUGAGGUCCAUGAGCUAAAUGCUAAUCCUGAUGUACAUGCAUGUCUUGUUGAUCCUUCUAUUUAUUUUCUUUGGUAUUCUCUCUGUUCAGGUUGCCUUUCCUGUUAUCAAUUGUUUGUUGUUCUUGUUCAGGUACAUCCAACUACAGAGGACAGAAUAUCAGCUGGAACAAAGAAGAAGCUUGCAUCACCUGUGACAAAAUCUUCAAGCAUUUCCACUCCGACGUCAAAACCGACACCAGCCUCCAAGGUCAUUUCUUCAUCUCAAACAUCAGUGAAGAAGGUGAAUGGGGUGUCAUAUCAAAGAAGCAGCAAUGCUCCUGUUGCACAAGGCAAUAAAUUACUUUCUAGAUCACUCAUUUCACCUUCUCAAUCCUCGAUAAAAAAGUUGAAUGGUUCAACAUUGCAAAGGAGCAAAAAUUCUUCCACACUAGAGAACAAGAGGAUAGCUCCCACAUCAUUGCACAUGUCUCUCAGUCUAGGUCCACCAAAUUCUACAGCUUCUACUAAUACAAUGAGAAAAUCUUUGAUCAUGGAGAGAAUGGGGGAUAAGGACAUUGUCAAGCGAGCGUUUAAGGCAUUCCAAAGCAGUUUCAACCAAGGAAAACCCGAAGUAGAUACGAGAUAUAGUGGAUCAAAGAAGGUAUUGCCUAAAGGAUCAGAGCAAAAGAUUUCAGCUUCUCCGACUCCUAAAAAGGAGGUUGAAAGAUUAACGAAGACCAAUGACCACCCAAUAUAG